AUGGCCAUCCAUAUUCCAGAUCGCUCCGCCAGCUCCGCAGACGUUCGCCGCUUCAUUACGGACGUGCUCGUAUCGGACUACGACGCAGAGCCCGACUUUGCCAGUGAAACCGCGAGCGCAUGGCGAAUCGGCCGCGGCACUGAACUCCACGAUGCAAACCAGCGGUACUUCGUGGAUAUCUUUGGUGUCGAGAUAGGAGUCUGUCUAUAUAGAAGCGUCCUUAACGCUAGAGAGAAGCAGAGGCAGAAUUCUCGUACUGGCAUACUGUUUAAAUGGGCUCACCUUUCAGUGCCCAUCUUGGCCAUUUGGAAUUUCUAUAAGUCGCAGUGGGGCCGUUCAAGCCUCCCUCGUUCCCUCUUUGCCUCUGCGGCGCGCUUCUGCUGA